AUUAUAUAAGUAAUUAUAUAUAUGUAUGUGUGGUGAAGACCGUGUCUCAUGCGAUUCUAUCAAAGUUUCAAAGUAUGGACCAUCAAGUGUCUCUGCCACAAUCUACCACCACUGGUCUCUCUUUCAAGGUGCAUCGCCAGCAGCCGGAGCUAAUCACUCCGGCUAAACCAACACCACGAGAGCUCAAGCCUCUCUCCGACAUAGAUGACCAACAAGGACUAAGAUUUCAAAUUCCAGUUAUAUUUUUCUAUAGACCUAACCUUUCAAGUGAUCUCAAUCCGGUCCAAGUGAUAAAGAAAGCCCUCGCAGAUGCGCUGGUUUACUACUAUCCGUUCGCUGGUAGGCUCCGGGAACUUUCAAACCGGAAACUCGCAGUGGACUGCACCGGUGAAGGCGUUUUGUUCAUCGAGGCUGAAGCUGACGUGUCCCUUACUGAGCUGGAGGAGGCUGAUGCUCUUCUCCCUCCGUUCCCUUGCCUAGAUGAGCUUCUCUUUGAUGUGGAAGGCUCUAGUGAUGUGCUUAACACUCCUCUGCUUCUCGUCCAGGUCACGCGAUUGAAGUGCCGCGGAUUUAUCUUUGCCCUCCGUUUCAACCAUACCAUGACCGAUGGAGCAGGCCUGUCGCUCUUUCUGAAAUCACUAUGCGAGUUGGCGUAUAGGCUUCACGCGCCCUCGGUUCCACCCGUAUGGGACCGACACUUGUUGACUGUGAGUGCUUCGGAGGCGCGUGUGACACACACACACCGUGAGUAUGAAGAUCAGGUGGCAAUCGAUGCGGUCGACACUGGAGACCCUUUCGUUAGCCGGUCUUUCUUUUUCAGCGCGGAAGAGAUCUCCGCCAUACGGAAACUUCUUCCGCCCGAUCUCCACAAUACCUCAUUUGAAGCUUUGUCGUCAUUUUUGUGGCGUUGUCGAACAAUUGCGUUGAAUCCUGACCCCAACACUGAGAUGCGACUAACUUGCAUCAUCAACUCGCGUUCCAAGCUUAGCAACCCACCACUAUCGCGGGGUUACUACGGAAAUGUGUUCGUCAUUCCCGCGGCAAUAGCAACAGCAAGAGAUCUUAUGGAGAAACCUCUUGAGUUUGCUUUGAGGUUGAUACAAGAAACGAAGUCAAGUGUGACUGAGGACUACGUCCGCUCAGUGACUGCCCUAAUGGCCACUAGAGGCCGGCCUAUGUUUGUGGCAGCGGGGAAUUACAUCAUAUCGGAUUUAAGACACUUUGAUUUAGGAAAAGUUGAUUUUGGACCGUGGGGUAAGCCAGUGUACGGUGGAACCGCUAAGGCCGGUAUCGCGCUUUUUCCUGGAGUGAGCUUCUACGUGCCGUUUAAGAAUAAAAAAGGUGAGACGGGUACCGUUGUGGCGAUUAGCUUGCCGGUGCGGGCAAUGGAGAGGUUCGUAGCAGAGCUAAAUGGAGUGCUAAUUAAACGUUUUUAAGUCUUCGCUCUAAGAGCUUAGUCGAUACGUUAUUAGUAAUGUAGUAAAUAUUUCCUAUCCUUUUCGACAUCAUCAGUAGUGUAGCAACUAAUUUACUUGUUGCAUAUUUCAAGGAUCAAUCAAACUUUUUAGUUUUUCUGAAAAAA